AUGAGUCAGCGCCCUUCUUUAACACUUUCAAUUCCAUCAUUUCCAAUUAUAACCGCAUCUCCAACCGCUAUGCAUAAUCAUUCAUUUUCUACUCCUACCAGCAGUAUACCGGAACAUCCACAUUCUGCAACAUCAACACACCAUCAUUAUUCACAAAGUCCCACGUCCGUUACCAAUAAGCGUGCUAAACUUUCAAAUGAUUCUGAAGUAGAUCAUGAAUAUGUGAUGGAAGCUUUAAGGCAGAAAGUUCAAAGAAAUCAAGAAAAUCCCGCAAAAAAAUUUAUGAAUGUCUUAAAACCUAGAAGUGCUAUACCAUCACCGGUGGAUUCAUCUCCUUUGAUUCAUUCACCGAUUCCUCCUCAAUUACCGCCUAUGAAUGUUCAUUCUCCUAGCAUGAAUCAAGAACAAGUCGCAAAAAC